AAAUGUUUUAAAGAUAGACACGUCUACAUAAAAAUGCCGUUCCUCAGCAAUUGCUUUCCCUUUUUUUUCUAUAGAGAGAUCACUGAUCUGCAAAGCUUGUUGUUCAGGUUAUGGUAUGUUCUCCUCCCAUUGAGUGUAUUCUGUGAAAUAUGCAGUGAUUGAUUCUCUAACUUUUCAUCUCUGCUAAGUUCUAUCAAAUGCCCAGUGAUGUUGUGCACAGUGAGCCUUUCACUACAUUCUCUUGUAUAGGAGUCCUACAGAAUUUUACUACUAGUGAGAGUCUCAAAGAGCGAUGAAGAGACACAAGGAGGAAGCUAAGGAGACCUCUCCUCUAUCAGAAAAACCUAAUGGAAUUAACAGAUUGUUCCGUCAACUGGUACCUUAUGGAUUCUGUAAUGAAGCAAAGAAGCAGCUUGGGUUGGCCAUCCCUGUGUUCUUGUCUCAAGCAAUGGUAUAUCUUAUAUUUGUAGUGAGUUCUGUGUUCUGUGGCCAUUUAGGAAAAAUUGAAUUGGAUUCUGUUACACUUGCUUCAGCUGUUAUAAAUAUAACUGGCAUAACGAUUGGUUAUGGAAUGAGUGAUGGAUGUGAUACAAUGAUGUCCCAGACAUAUGGCAGCAAGAAUAUGAAGCGAGUGGGAACAAUCCUGCAAAGAGGAAUUCUUAUCCUAAUGCUGUGCUGCUUCCCCUGCUGGGCAAUACUUAUUAAUACAGAGCAGGUAUUGCUACUGUGCAAACAGAAUCCAGAUAUCGCCAGGUUAACGCAAAAAUAUGUGAUGAUCUUUUUACCCGCUCUACCUGCAGUAUUUCUUCAGCAACUGCAAAUCAGAUAUUUACAAAAUCAGGGUAUUAUGUGGCCUCAGUUCUUUAUUUGUUUAGCAGUAAACAUUGUCAAUGCUGUUGUCAAUGCUAUUUUCAUACACGUCUUCAAGAUGGGAGUAGUAGGUUCAGCUUGUGCAAACACAGUUUCUCAGUGGGCAAUGGCACUUUUGCUUUUUUUAUACAUCGUUGGUAAAAAGGUGCAUGUGAAAACAUGGGGAGGAUGGUCCAAAGACUGUCUUCAGGAGUGGGAUAUAUUUCUCUCCCUUGCUCUCCCCAGCAUGCUGAUGUUUUGUGUUGAAUAUUGGAGCUUUGAAAUUGGAGGCUUUUUGGCAGGGCUUAUUAGCAUUGUGGAGUUGGGAGGACAAACCAUUAUGAUAGAGUUGGUAACAAUGACUUCAAUGUUUCCCAUGGGAUUUGGCAUGGCUGCCAAUAUCAGGGUUGGAAAUGCUUUAGGAGAUGGAGACAUCGAACAAGCCAAAAAGUCUUGUAAAGUUGCACUCUACUGUACAGCAUGUGUUUGCUUGUUGAUCAGCAGUGCUAUACUUGCACUGAGAAAUGUCAUGGGUUAUGUGUUUACAAAUGAUAUGGAUAUUGUUACUUUGGUUUCACGCAUCAUGCUGCUAUUUGCUCCAUUUCACCUGUGUGAUGGUACAAAUGUAUGCUGCAAUGGAAUAUUAAGGGGAACAGGAAAGCAAAAAAUUGGUGCUAUUACGAAUAUUUUUGGUUAUUACCUCAUAGGGAUCCCGGUUGGAAUAUCUCUGAUGUUUCCAGCAAAACUUGGGGUUAUAGGUCUUUGGAUUGGAAUAUUUUGUCCAGUGUUGUUGCAAAACUUCAUCUAUAUAUCCUAUAUCCUUUCUAUCAACUGGCAGCAGGCCUGUGAAGAGGCUAAAAUAAGAGCUGGAGUGAAACCAUUAAAAGUCAUGGACCCCAGUAUUUCACAAACGGAUGAUUCAUCAUCUAAAAUUGACUUGGUGGAAAGUGGGGACACAACGGCAUCCUAUUUCAGCUUUGAUGCUAUUCCCAUGUAUGACAUGAACUCUGGAGAAAAUCAUACAAAGCAACUGGAAAUAAAAAAUGAUCUACCAAUGGAAACAACUACUGUUGUGGGUGAAAUCCUGUCCACUAAACAGCUGAUUAUCCGGAGGGGACUAGCAUUGCUUCUAUCCAUUAGUGUACUUAUAAUUGGUAUUAUUAUUAAGCUAUUUACUGCCAAAAGAUAAUGCAGAAACUGAUUCUCAAUAAACACACCUAAAAAUGUAUUGGUAUGUUGUGUUUCCAGGACAAUGUCACCACUACAUUAAGUUCCAAAAACCUUUGUAAUCCUUUACCCAAGUAACCAGUUCUUCAGGUUUUUCCAUUCAAAAAAAGUGAAAAAUCAGCAAAUACAGGACAUAACAAUGUGGCCUACAGUAAAGGAAUUAUGUGAAUUGAGGUAAUUAAAUGGCUAACCAAAACAUGUCAAGCAGGGACUUCCAACUUAGCCAUGAGAUUUAGCAUUACAGAGUACAAUUUAGCACAGUUUGCUAUGAAAUAUCUGUAUAUAAAUGUUAUUUGUAACACUGAGUAGUGUAUAACAUCUAUCCCCUAUAGUCUGUUCAUAACUAAAGCUGGAGGUGCAAGGGUAGCGUUACUAAGCCACCCAUUCCCGAUCUUCUCGAAUGUGAGUGUAAGUUAAGCUUUCUAUGGUUAGAUCGGAAUUUACCUAGUGUUGUGACAGGUAGGUAAUGCCAGAUUUUUCCGCAAGUCUGAGCAUUCCAAUUCUCUUUACAAAUGCCAAUGCACAAUCUCUUUACUUACCCUGGUAUCACUGUUGUCUAUAUACUGUUGAAGAUGUAGAUAUGACCUGGCAAUGCUGGAAUUUAGCCUUGGUUACCGGGUCAUUGCCAAAAUCAUUUACAAAUGAAAAAUCCAGAUGGUUGCACUUCCUUGUUCUUCAGAAUAACACUUUAUUUAUUCAAAAACAGACGAUAAAAGUAGCUCAAUGGUACACAAGUACACAAGGGGGGAGAUACAGGGGAUAGUGGCGUUUCUGCAAGCUUUGUUUGGCUGGUUAUAAUGGGUGCCAGAUGUGGCAAAUUCAGAGUGCAUACUGUAAGUUUUAACAAUUAAUUUGUUGCACAAUGAUCUAUCUCCCUUUCGGAUUUCUUUCUGCUUUUUUCCAAAAACUUGUGCCAAUAAAUGAUAUUUCCCAAAGACUCA